AUGGCUGCUCCUACACAACUUGCUUUCCGCACGGUCAAGGGAGUUGGCAUUUUGGAUGCUUCUCCUGUGUACGAGCCCUUGGCGGGAUUUGAGAGACCCGAGGGGAACCUCCGUUGCAGCGCUUAUUCUCCCGACGGCCGAUACUUUGCUUGGGCAUCUCCCGAGAAGGUCACCAUCAUCGAUCCCUCCGUCGGUCACGUCGUUUCCACCAUUCCCGCCGAGAACGUCUUCGAGCUUGGCUUCUCGCCGCUCGGAACAUACCUGAUUACAUGGCAGCGCCCUUCCAAGGAUGCCAAUGGCGAUGCUGUCAAGAACCUGAAGGUCUGGCAGGUGCUGGAGACUGAGGAGGAUCGCAUCGUGGGACAAUACGUCCAGAAGUCGCAGACCGGCUGGAACAUCCAGUACAGCGCCGACGAGAAGCUGUGUGCCCGCGUCGUCACCAACGAGGUCCAGUUUUAUCAGAGCGAUAACCUGUCCAAGGUCUGGAAUAAGUUGCGCGUGGAGGGGGUGGCAGACUUUGCGCUUUCACCGGGCCAGAAUCUGUCGGUUGCGGUGUUCAUUCCCGAGCGCAAGGGACAACCUGCCGCCGUCAAGGUGUUUUUGGUGCCCCAGUUUGGAUCGCCGGUCUCGCAGAAGACGUUCUUCAAGGGCGACAAGGUUCAGCUAAAGUGGAACAACUCGGGUACUAGCUUAAUCGUUCUCGCCCAGACUGAUGUCGACAAGACUGGCAAGAGUUACUACGGAGAGACUACCCUCUACCUUCUGAGCUCCAGCGGGCAGUUCGACUCUCGGGUGCAUCUCGACAGGGAAGGCCCGAUUCACGACGUUAGCUGGUCGCCCACCUCCAAGGAGUUCGGUGUUGUGUACGGUACCAUUCCCUCCAAGACGACAAUCUUCAACGUCCGCGGUGUCCCCAAGCACAGCUUCCCCUUGACCCCCCGAAACACCAUCCUGUUCUCGCCCCAUGGUCGUUUUGUUCUCGUUGCUGGCUUUGGAAACAUGGCUGGUCAAAUGGACAUCUACGAUAUGGAGAAGAACUACACCAAGAUCACUACUGUGGAAGCGGCCAACUCGAGUGUCUGCGAAUGGUCGCCUGACGGACAGACCAUUCUGACUGCGACCACCAGCCCUCGCCUGCGCGUCGACAACGGCCUCCGCCUGUGGCACGUCAGCGGAGCUCUGCUCUACAACGAGGACAUCAACGAGCUCUACGACGUUUGCUGGCGCCCGCAGUCGACGACCCAGCACCCGCUUGGCGACCCCUUCAACCCGCUGCCCGCUCCGCACGCUUCCGCGGUCGCCUACCUCAGCACGAGGAAAGCUCCCGUCAAGCCUGCCGGUGCUUACCGCCCCCCCGGUGCCCGUGGCACGUCCACCCCGCUCGCCUUCCGUCGUGAAGACCAAGGUGGAGCCGCUUACGUCCCUGAUGGGACCGCGACUGGUGGCGCUCUGAACGGUCCUGCCCGGUCUCGCAGACGCGCCGUGCCUGGAGCCGAGCCAGCAGAGGAAUUCCUUCCCCCGGGAGCCGCUCCCGGAGGAGGUGUUGCCCUCCCCCCUGGCGCCGACCAGUCGGAGAAGCUGUCCAAGUCCGCAGCACGAAACAAGAAGAAGCGUGAAGCCCGCAAGCUCAAGGAGGGCCAGCCCGAGGAGGGAGCCAACGAUGCCAACCAACCUCGUGGCGAGAAGAAGAAGGACGGACCCCGCAAGAACGGGCAGCAGCAGAAGCAGCCUAACGGCAACAAGGCUGCUCCAGCUCCCGCUCCCGUUCCGGAGCCCGAGCCCCUCGAUGACGGUGUUCCUAGUGUUCACGACAAGAAAAUCCGCGGUCUCUUGAAGAAGAUCCGUGCGAUUGAGGACCUGAAGAUGCGUUUGGCUGGUGGCGAGAAGUUGGAGGAUACGCAGAUGAAGAAGAUCCAGACCGAGGACUCGGUGCGUAAGGAGUUGGAUGGCCUUGGUUACACUGGCGCGGCGUAG